AUGUUAAAAUUAUUAUUUUUAAUUGUAUCUUGCUCCUGCGUUUUUGCGCAGGAUGCAACCGAGGUAAGAGAGAAAAUGGAUGUGUUCCGUUUGCCUAACAAUACCGAACCAAUAUCCUAUAGGUUAAAUGUACAACCUUUUAUUGAACCAGAAAAUAACAAUUUCACAUUCAUUGGUACCGUAUUAAUAACGAUUCGCGUGAAAAUAACAACAGAAGAAUUAACUUUAAAUGUAGAUGAUUUAAAAAUUAAUAAAAUCAUUGUAAGGGAUACAAAUUCAUCAUCUACAGAAGUCGAGGUGACCGGAAACCAUAUUGUGGUUAAAAAUGAACAACUUAUCAUUCAACUUAAGACACCUGGACUUAUUGCUGAUCGAGUGUAUGAAGUUGAAAUCGCAUACUCUGGAGAGUUACGGAACGACAUGAGUGGUUUUUAUAAAAGUCGGUACACAGACGAAAAGAGUAAAAACACCAAGUGGUUAGCUGUUACUCAAUUUGAACCUACUUAUGCUAGAAGGGCGUUCCCGUGUUAUGACGAACCUGCAUUUAAAACACCUUUUUCAAUUGAAGUCACAAGAUUAGAAACUCAAAUUUCUUUAUCAAAUAUGCCGAUAGCAAAACAAACUAUCAUAGAAUCUCCAAAACCUAAUUAUGUAUCUGAUCAGUAUCAAACUACAGAACCAAUCUCUACGUAUUUAGUAGCAUUUUCAGUUUCUGAAUUUGUUAACACCACGAAAGAUCAAAAAGUUUAUAUUUACACGCAUGCAGACUAUAUCAAUCAAGUAACAUACAUCAAAGAAAGGGCGAAUAAAUUGCUCAAUCUGAUGGAACUUUACACAAACAUACCUUAUACAUAUUCAAAAAUAGACCUUUUAGCAAUUCCAGACUUUUCGUUCGGUGCGAUGGAAAAUUGGGGAUUAAAUACAUAUAGAGAAAAAUAUUUACUGGUGACAGAUAAAUCUACUGAAAAAGAUAAAGAAACUGUAAUUACAACGGUUCAACAUGAAUUGGCACAUCAGUGGUUUGGUGAUCUUGUAACAUGUUCUUGGUGGAAUUAUGUCUGGUUAAAUGAAGCUUUUGCCACAUUAUUCGAAUAUUUUGCAGUUCAUGUGGCAGAACCUGACUGGCGUAUUGGAGAUAUAUUUGUCAUUGAACAACAUCAAGAAGCAUUAGUUUACGAUCAUAGAACACGUCAUCCAAUCACAGCAAAUGUUAAAGAACCAAAUGAAAUUCAAAGUAUUUUUGAUAUAAUUACUUAUAACAAAGGUGCUUCAGUAUUAAGAAUGUUAAAACAUGCAUUGAAUGAUGAUAUAUUUAGAACAUCUUUAACAUUAUACUUAAAUACUUAUAAAUAUAAAGCUGCUGAACCAAAAAAUUUAUGGAAUUCAUUUGAUAAUGUAAUAUUUGACGCGAAUUAUAAAUCAGGAAUAUUAGGAAAUACAAUUACAGUUGAAGAGUAUAUGAGGUCAUGGACUGAUCAAGCAGGAUAUCCUGUAGUAAAUGUCGAUUCAGGAAAUCCCAACUAUCUUAUUGUAACUCAAAAACAAUAUCAAGUAGACGUACCUAAAUUAAAUUACACAACUUUGUGGCAUAUUGGUCUUACAUAUACUAAUCAAAAAAACCAACAAUUUAAUAAUCUUCAACCAACUGUUUGGAUGAAUAAUACAGAAAGCGAAAUAACUAUACCACUAAUGAAUGAUGCAGGAUGGGUAAUAUUUAAUCUUCAAUCAACAGGUUUUUACAGAGUAAAUUAUGAUGUCAAAAAUUGGUAUCGACUAAUUGCCGAGUUGAGGUCUAACCCAAAAACGAUACACGUUCUUAACAGAGCACAACUGAUUGAUGAUUCGUUCAACUUAGCAAGAGCAGGCGAAUUGUCACAUUUUAUACCAUUUACCUUAGUGACUUAUUUAGAGAAAGAAGAUGAUUUUAUUCCAUGGUACUCAGUGAAGAAUAGCAUGUCAUACAUUGUAGAACGGUUAAGACGCUGUUCACAUACAGGAGAACAAGUUCAGAAUUUUGCAAAAACGUAUGCUGAAAUAGUAUAUAAAAAAGUCAGUGACCAAUACGAGAAAAAUGACGGUCAACAUUUGACAAAGACUAGUAUGCAAGAAUUCUCAAAUUGGGCAUGCAAAUUAAAUGUUGAAUCAUGUGUUAAAACGGCCUUAAAUUAUUAUAAUGCAUGGGAGAAAAAUGGGACAGAAAUACCGCCAGAUGUAAAACAAGCAGCCCUCUGUAGUGGUAUCAAAAAUGGAACUACUGAAACAUGGAAUAAAGUUUUUGAAUUAUUUAACAAAACGUCAUCAACCUCAGAAAGACAAUCAUCACUAUUAGCAUUGGCUUGCAGUACAAAUAAAACAGUAUUGUCAGGGUAUUUAAACCUUUUACUUGAUACUAAUUGUCCAAUACGUCCACAAGAUUAUAAAACUGUGUUUAAAUCAUUAACAUCAACUCCAAUUGGUAUUAACGCAACAACCGACUUUUUACAAAACAAAAUCAAUGAAUCUCUGAGUAAUAUGUGGGAAGGUGAAGAGAUGAUUACGCUUAUAUACUCUUAUUUGGCUUCAAGUGUUGCAACAAUGAAAGAAAUUAAUGAGUUAAAUGCAAUCAGAAAUUUGACUUAUUUAUCACCAACAUUGAAAAAAUCAUUUGACGAUUCAUACAAGGAAGUGGAACUCAACUCUGCUUAUUUUGAGAGAUGUCAUCCACUUAUGCAUGAGUGGUUCAACCCAUCCGAUUCAACUACUCAAGCACCAUCUAGUGCUAUUUCAAAUUCAUACCCGCAUAUUAAUGUUAUUGUUUUAUCUUUGUUUUUUAUAACAACACUAGUAAAUAUUAAUUAUUUCAAUGUAAUGCAAUAAUUGUUAAUCUGUUUAUAAUUUAUUAAUUGUA